AUCACCCCCGCCGCUUUGACUGACUCCGUCCCUUCUGUUCAUCAAGUUUGGUUGAGUUGUUUGAGAGUUCAUGUCAGACUUAAAGAAGCGUGAAAAACUCGCGCCUUCACACAUUAUGAGCGAUCAACAGCAGAAUCAAAUGGCCGCGCUGGUGGAGAACGACACGAGCUUCAUUCAGAAGAGAAACUCCAGCACGCCUCAAGACUCGCAGCAGCCUUCACCUUUAGCGCUGUUGGCAGCCACCUGCAGUCGGAUUGAUGAAAACGACGCUGUGGAACAGCAGUCACAGCAAAGCCAGGCACAGGACUCCCAGAUCAGCCUCCAGCAACUGUCACAUGCCACCAACGGCUGGCACAUCAUCCCCGCAAGCUCUCAGGCUGUCACCAGCUCCAGUAAUGUAACCUCUUCCUCGGAGGACAAGAGCAGACAGACGGGGUCUGUGGUGCAACCGCAGUAUGUGAUGGCGUCCUCGCAAAACCUACAAAGUCAACAGGUGCUAACUGCCCUCUCUGGUGUGAUGCCAAAUAUCCAGUAUCAGGUGAUCCCACAGUUUCAGACUGUAGAUGGACAGCAGCUCCAGUUUGCUCAGACAGCCCAGGAUGUGUCAACCACAGCAUCUGGGCAGUUUCAGCUUGUGUCCUCGCCCAACGGUAACCAGCAGCUCAUCGCUGCCCCCGCCAACAGAGGUGCUGGUAACAUCUUAACCGUCCCUGGCCUUUUUCAGCAAGCAAUACCUUUGCAGAACAUCAGUCUGGGCGGUACUGUGCUGCCCAGUCAGUCGCAGUUCCUUACCAACAUGCCUGUGCCACUGAAUGCUAACAUCACCCUUCUCCCGGUGGGCUCUGGUACGCCUGUCGGAUCUGGAAGUGACGCAAACGCUGGAGGAAAUUUAGGAACUUCUCAACAGCUGCUCCAGUGCACGUCGUCUACAACUCCAGUGGAGUAUUGCACUACUUCUACCACCAGCACACGGACGGCUACAUCAGGCAUCGUAACACUAACCCAGAGUAGCAAAGGAGAGACGGGAAAGCCCUUCCAGAACAUGUCGUCUGAUAACAGAGACGGACAGAAACCGUGUCAAGCGCAGAUUCUCAUUCAGCCGCAGCAGGUCCUGCAGACCGUUCAGCCCGGCUCAGUCUCGGCCGGUGGUCAGGUGUUCGCAACACAGACUUUGUCUCAGGAUGGAGUGCAGAAUGUUCAGAUCCAGACCAUCGCGAAUGGAAGCCCCAUCCUGAUCCGUACCGUAGGUCCGAACGGCCAGGUCAGCUGGCAGACCCUUCAGUUGCAGAGCCCCGCUAACACCCAGAUCACAUUGGCACAGGCCGGGACACCAGGAACCAUGCAGCUCUCUGGCCUUCAGACCAUCAACCUGAACACGCUUGGCAACGCAGGGCUGCAGAUGCAUCAGCUGCAGGGUGUUCCCAUCACCAUCGCCAACACAACAGGUGAUGUGAGUGGUGCGGGUGGAGACGGUCUGGAGGACAGCAGUGUGAUGGAUGAGAACGUGGAAAGCAGCCCAACACCAACCAGCAGACGCACGCGCAGGGAAGCCUGUACCUGCCCGUACUGCAAAGACGGAGAGGGACGCAAUGACCCCAAUAAGAAGAAACAGCACAUCUGUCAUAUUCCUGGAUGUGGCAAGGUAUAUGGGAAAACGUCUCAUCUCCGGGCACACUUACGCUGGCACACAGGAGAGAGACCCUUCGUUUGCUCCUGGUCCUUCUGCGGGAAACGUUUCACACGCUCUGAUGAGCUGCAGAGACACAAGAGGACACACACGGGUGAAAAGAAGUUCUCAUGCCCAGAGUGUCCCAAACGGUUCAUGCGUAGUGACCACUUGUCCAAGCACAUCAAGACCCAUAUGAAUAAGAAAGGAUCUGCUGGUGCAGUGAGCAGCACGGACAACACCAUCACCACUGCAACCUCUGCUGACAGCUGUGCUGCAGGUGACGUGACGGCUGACCAGCAGACUCUAGUUACCAUGGGCACGCUGUCAUCCGAAGGGUUUACGCGGUUAGAGCCCAGUGGCAUCAGUGUCAUGCAAGUCACAGAUCUGCACUCCAUCAAUCUGAAUAGCAAUGGCUAUUAAUGCACUUUGAGUGUAGUGAGCGUUUUGAGAGAUCUGACUGGGAAGAAUGAAUGCACUGCAGUUUGUAGGCAUUAAAAUGGCGGCUCGGGCACGGAGCCUCCAGUGAGCAACAGCCAUGAAAAGUGGUUUCACAGGGGAUAGAAAGAGGUGUGAUGGUGCACCUUAAAGGUGCUUGUUUACCUCGUCCUCUUUGAGACUCCAGCCUUUUUUUGCAUCCCUUCCAUGUAUAUUCUGUAUCCAAGUUGUUUCAGCUUUCUUUUCCCCUCUUUUACCAAUUCCCUGAACUGAAAUUGUGGUGUGGUUCACAUAAGCAUCACUCUGUGGUCCAGUUGACGUCAUGAAGUGAGGAUAUAUUGGGUUACAACAGAACACAACAAACAGAAAGAUUAAAAAAAACUGUGUGAAAGUGAUAUCAUAGUCAUCUUUUUAAUCUUUAAUACUUUACUCAUAAGCCAUCAUGCUUCUUUGUAUUAAUCACCGUAAAUAAGAUGAAACAAAAAGAUUUGAUGCUUUUUGUACAUAAGUUAUAUUUUUUCUAAAUAUGGAAAACUGCAUAUUCUGAAAUUACCUUUUGUUUUGUGAAUGUAUGAAUUAUGCAGUCUUAAAUGUCAGCAUUUUUAUAUUAUGUAGAUGUUCCAUAACGUUUCUUUUUUUUUUUUUUUUUGUAUUGCUUUAGUUCCUUGUCUUGAUAUACAAAACACAUUUAAGUUACAGUAAAAACAUGCAGUUGAGUUGCUUAAUGCUAAUUGUCCCAGUUUUCUUGGUCACUGUGGUCUUAAACAGUAAUGCUUUGUUUAUAGGGAAAAUGUUAACCGGUUAAAAGACAAAUGGCCUUAAACCCUUAAUUUAGAGAGGGCUUUUUUUAUGAGUUGGAGUUCAAACCAAAGCUCUUCACUUUCCAUUACAUGUUAACUCAGGUGAAUGUUACUCUUUUGGUGUUAAGCAUUCAUAAUUAUUAAAUUAAGAUGAACUUCAGAAA